GAGGGCGGCAGCGAGACGUCGCGGUUGUAUAUUCAUGAGGCGCGCGCAGCCCGGCAUGCUAAUGAGGCGGGGCGCGGCAGCGGGCUGAAGAGCUGUUGGGCGGCGGCGGUAGCGGCCGGUUCGGAGCUCCCGGCCGGUUACGGUGUAGGCGCGAGGCACCGGCCAGCGUGAACCUGGACAUGGAGCCGCUCGGCGGGGGCCUGGGGCCCGGCCGCGGGACCCGGGACAAGAAGAAGGGCCGGAGCCCGGACGAGCUGCCUGCGGCGAGCGGCGACGGCGGCAAAUCCAAGAAAUUUACUCUGAAGCGGCUCAUGGCAGAUGAGCUAGAGAGAUUUACCAGCAUGAGAAUUAAGAAGGAGAAAGAAAAGCCCAAUUCUGCUAAUAGAAAUUCUUCUGCUUCAUACGGGGACGACCCUGCAGCACAGUCAUUGCAAGAUGUUUCAGAUGAUCAAGUUCUAGUACUCUUUGAACAGAUGUUGCUGGAUAUGAACCUGAAUGAGGAGAAACAGCAACCUCUGAGGGAAAAGGACAUCGUCAUCAAGAGGGAGAUGGUGUCCCAGUACUUGCACACCUCCAAGGCCGGCAUGAACCAAAAGGAGAGCUCCAGGUCUGCCAUGAUGUACAUUCAGGAGCUGAGGUCAGGCGUGCGGGAUAUGCCUCUGCUCAGCUGCCUGGAGUCCCUUCGUGUCUCGCUCAACAACAACCCUGUCAGUUGGGUGCAGACAUUCGGUGGGGAGGGCCUGGCCUCCUUGCUGGACAUCCUGAAACGACUCCAUGAUGAGAAGGAGGAGACGGCUGGGAGCUACGACAGCCGUAACAAGCAUGAGAUCAUUCGUUGCUUGAAAGCUUUUAUGAAUAAUAAGUUUGGAAUCAAGACCAUGCUGGACACAGAAGAAGGAAUCCUGCUGCUGGUCAGAGCCAUGGAUCCUGCUCUUCCCAACAUGAUGAUUGAUGCAGCUAAGCUGCUUUCUGCUCUUUGUAUCCUGCCACAGCCAGACGACAUGAAUGAAAGGGUUUUGGAGGCGAUGACAGAAAGAGCCGAGAUGGAUGAGAUGGAGCGCUUCCAGCCACUGUUGGAUGGGUUAAAAAGUGGGACCUCCAUUGCACUCAAGGUGGGAUGCCUACAGCUGAUCAAUGCUCUCAUCACACCAGCUGAAGAACUUGACUUCCGAGUUCACAUCCGAAGUGAACUGAUGCGCUUGGGGCUGCAGCAGGUGUUACAGGACCUCCGAGAGAUUGAAAAUGACGAUAUGAGAGUGCAGCUGACUGUAUUUGAUGAGCAAGGGGAGGAAGAUUCCUAUGACCUGAAGGGGCGGCUGGAUGAUAUUCGGAUGGAGAUGGAUGACUCCAGUGAAGUCUUCCAGAUUCUCUUCAAUACCGUGAAGGACUCAAAGGCGGAGUCACACUUCCUGUCCAUCUUGCAGCACCUACUUUUGGUCCGAAAUGACUAUGAGGCCAGGCCGCAGUACUAUAAGUUGAUUGAAGAAUGUACUUCUCAGAUAGUUCUGCACAAGAAUGGGGCUGAUCCUGACUUCAAAUGUAGGCAUCUCCAGAUUGAUAUUGAGGGAUUGAUUGAUCAAAUGAUUGAUAAAACAAAGGUGGAGAAAUCUGAAGCCAAAGCUAUGGAGCUAGAAAAAAAGUUGGACUCAGAGUUAACAGCCCGACACGAGCUGCAGGUGGAAAUGAAAAAGAUGGAGAGUGACUUUGAGCAGAAGCUCAAGGAUCUUCAGGGAGAAGAGGAUACAUUGCAUUCUGAGAAACAACAGCUUGCUGCAGAGAAACAGGAUCUGGAAACAGAGGUGUCCCAGCUUACAGGACAGGUAAUGUCUGAGCAGGGAAGGCAGAGUGACCAGUAACUGCCCCGAGCAGCC